UGCAGUUUAUUCAGUCGUCCGGCCGGAGCCAUUGUUGCUCUGUCCGCGCUUUUGUUCACCUUGAGCAGAGAGACAAGAUGAAGAAGGCUUGGCUGCUUGUCGCUGCAGUUCUGGUGGUUUCUGCGACUUCGAAUGGACUGGAAAAGCGGCAAUCCUUUGAUCUUGGCACUCGACCAGGCCCAAACAAUGAAGUAAUUCUCGUUUGUGAAGGCCAAGAUGUUGUAUUUUUGACCGGAAAUAACGCCCAAUGUAUCGCUGUUGCUCCUGGACAUAUUGUAGACUUCAUGAAUGGUGUUGUGUGCAUCACGGAUGAAAAUGGAGAUGAAGUUCAGAACAUUCCUGGUAUCUCUGAGUACCUAGUUAAACUGUGUAAUCCAAUAUUAGCUGAUGCAGUAGGAGGCCCGGGAAAGUUAUAUGUCAGCGAUGGUCGAGCAUUCUACAUCAACGAUGGCUGCACUUUUGAAAUGAAUUUCAUUAAUCAGGCUAUUGCUAAUGCUCCUCCUCUUGCAGUACAAUUUGAGGUUAUGACUGCCAGAGAUAUGGGAAGCCUUGUAAGCAAUUUAAUUGUGAACAGUUGAGAGUUCCAGAUUACUCUAUCAGGAGCUAUGGCCAUGACAUUGGGACCGGCAGAUGGCUUAUCGUACUCCGGUGGUAGUAUUUCAACAUUACAGGGGAUGAUGAUAAGUGGUGGGAUUAUGGAAUUUGCCGUAUUUAACAGGGGAGCUAAUGGUCAAGCACAGUUCAAUAUAUUUGGCCCAAACAGAAAGCACUGUAGUAACAGGUCCAGGCCAGGCAUAUAUAGGUGCUGACAGGGCUAUCUUCAUUGGGAAUCUAGGCUCAGGAACUACACCUCCAUUUCAAUCCAUCAACAGCGACAUUGUAACGAAUACGUUUGAGUUUACUACUAAUGCUGCUGGCAUGACUGUUGUCACGUCUCAAACCAACCCAAUUACAGUACUAUCAUCAGAAACUGCAACUUUUGAAAUUAACGGUCCUUCAACAGCUACCUUUAGCGGAAUGCAGCUUACGUUUACAACCACAGGUGGACAGGUCUCCAAUUUCAAUGGCAUCACUCAAUUUGCAGUAAUUGACAACAAUGAAGUCACAAUUGACCCUCCAUCUAGUAGAUAUGCCACCGGUGGGACUGUUUUCAUUGACCCAAUCGAAGAAACUGUUUUUUUCACCACUGACUCUAACCCAGUGGCCGAACAGACCUUUAGAAUGUUUCUCCCAGCCACAGAAAGUGUGUCUUAUUCAAUAGAAACCGACAGUGAAGGCGUGCGUAAUUUGCUGCGAACGACUGGAUCCCCACCACAAACUGACUUUAUUCAGACUACGACAGGAUCAUACGUCACUAAUGUUGACUCUUCAGAAACUGUGGUGUACUCUGGCAACCAAGUACAAAUCCAAACCUUUUUUGGUAACCCGCGAGUGCGCAUAGAACAGGUUGAUCGGUUGUUUACAAACACCGCCUCGAAUCCCGCAGGGAAUUUCACAACAUCGGUUGCAACUCCGUUUGCGGGCCCUGGUACUGUCUCUUACAGCAGAGGCACCGGCUUUUACACAACUGAC